UGUCAAAAUACGACGUUGUUUGAGAUAGAAAAAAAGUAAAAGUUUUUUUUCUUGUUUCUUGUAUUUCGCAAAUAUCAUUGUUAAAAAUCAUAAUAAAAAUACACGUGAAUAUAAAUCAAUAGUUAAAUAAAACAAGUCUAAGAAAAAAUAAGUAUAAUUGUAGUGAUUGGUGAAAAGACGGCUACAAAAUGGUUUUAGCAGAUUUGGGUAGAAAAAUUACCACUGCCUUGCAUUCGUUAAGCAAAGCCACCGUAAUCAAUGAAGAGGCCUUAAAUUCCAUGCUUAAAGAGAUUUGUGCUGCCCUUUUGGAAGCCGAUGUAAAUAUUCGUUUGGUCAAGCAGUUGCGUGAAAAUGUGAAGGCCGUAAUUGAUUUCGACGAGAUGGCUGGUGGCCUCAACAAAAGACGCAUGAUACAAAGUGCCGUGUUCAAGGAACUCAUAAAAUUAGUAGAUCCCGGUGUCAAGCCAUAUCAGCCCAUCAAGGGUAAAGCAAAUGUGAUUAUGUUUGUAGGUCUACAGGGUUCAGGUAAGACCACAACAUGUACCAAGUUGGCCUAUCACUACCAGAAACGUAAUUGGAAAUCUUGUUUGGUGUGCGCUGAUACCUUCCGUGCUGGUGCCUACGAUCAAGUUAAACAGAAUGCCACCAAGGCUCGUAUUCCCUUCUAUGGUAGUUACACAGAAAUCGAUCCUGUGGUCAUAGCACAAGAAGGUGUUGACAUGUUCAAAAAAGAAGGUUUCGAAAUGAUUAUUGUCGAUACUUCGGGUCGUCACAAGCAAGAAGAGUCUCUGUUCGAGGAGAUGUUGGCAGUUGCGAAUGCCGUUAAUCCGGAUAAUAUUAUCUUCGUUAUGGAUGCCACAAUUGGUCAGGCUUGUGAAGCUCAAGCCAAGGCUUUUAAGGACAAAGUUGACAUUGGUUCUGUGAUCAUUACCAAAUUGGAUGGUCAUGCUAAGGGUGGUGGUGCUCUAUCAGCUGUGGCCGCCACUAAUUCGCCCAUUAUAUUUAUUGGUACCGGUGAACACAUUGACGAUUUGGAGCCAUUUAAGACGAAACCUUUUGUGAGCAAACUGUUGGGCAUGGGAGAUAUUGAAGGACUGAUUGACAAGGUAAAUGAGCUGAAAUUAGAUGGAAAUGAAGAGCUUUUGGAGAAAAUCAAACACGGCCAAUUUACUAUACGCGACAUGUACGAACAAUUUCAAAACAUUAUGAAAAUGGGACCUUUCUCUCAAAUCAUGGGCAUGAUACCCGGAUUCUCUCAAGACUUUAUGACCAAGGGAGGCGAAGAGGAGUCCAUGGCACGCAUUAAACGUAUGAUGACCAUGAUGGACAGUAUGUCCGAUGGUGAAUUGGAUAAUCGUGACGGUGCCAAAUUGUUCAGUAAACAGCCAACACGUAUUGUUCGUGUCGCCGAGGGUUCCGGUGUCAUCGAACGUGAAGUCAAGGAGCUGGUGUCACACUAUACAAAAUUCGCUGCCGUUGUGAAGAAAAUGGGUGGCGUGAAAGGUCUUUUCAAACAGGGUGACAUGACGAAAAACGUUAAUCCCAAUCAAAUGGCUAAACUUAACCAACAAAUGGCAAAAAUGAUUGACCCACGUAUGUUGCAACAAAUGGGCGGUGUUGGUGGUCUACAAAAUAUGAUGCGUCAAUUACAACAGGGUGCAGCUGGUGGUCUGGGUGGAUUGGGGAACCUUAUGGGCUUUGGUGGGAAGUGAAGUUAUUAACGCCGAGCGAGAAAAAACUUCUUUCUUCGAUUGUUUGUUUCUUUCUUAAGUUAUUAUAUUAUUUAGCAAUAUUUUCUCUUUUGUUUUGUUAAGGGAAUUGACCAUCUUUUAACUUUCUUCCUUAUAUCCAUUUAUUUUUUUGUACCCCAUAAGAAGACGUGUGUGUGUGUCAUUAGUUUUAAUAAUUAAAUUUAUUGUGUGUUGAAACUGCGAAUUUGUUAUAUUCCGUUUUGUUUAAGUUAAGCAACGAGUUUUAAUAUGAAACACCAAUAAUAAUAAUACAAAAAAAAAAUUCAUUAAAUAUAUGCACGUUUCAUCUGAAAGAAUAACAAAUAAAACAUAAUUUUAAUAAAAAACCUACCCGUUUUGUAAAAAAAAUUAAAA